CGUCAGUGUGUGAGAGGAGCAGCUGGCGGUCUCUGCUCAGCUCGGCUCGGCUCGGCUCUCUGCUCGCACAAUGGCGCUGCGGGCUGCCCACCUCCUCUCGGCUUUGUUAGUGCUCUGUAGCGGACCACAGCUUGUUUUAAGUUGUCCGAGUCGCUGUUUAUGUUUCCGCACCACCGUGAGAUGUAUGCAUCUAAACCUGGAAACCGUACCAGCAGUUUCUCCCCAGACUACCAUCCUAGAUCUGAGGUUCAACAAAAUCAAGGAUUUACAACCGGGUUCCUUCAAACGAUUAAAGAACCUCAACACACUACUCCUUAACAACAAUCAUAUACGAAGGAUCCCCAGGGGGGCUUUUGAAGACCUGGAAAACCUCAAAUAUCUCUAUUUGUACAAGAAUGAAAUCCAAUCAAUUGACAGACAAGCAUUUAAGGGGCUUGUCUCUCUUGAGCAACUGUACCUUCACUUCAACAACAUUGAAUCUUUGGAGCCCGAAUCAUUUACUCAACUACCAAAGCUGGAACGACUGUUUUUGCACAACAACAGAAUCACCCAGCUUGUCCCGGGAACCUUCUCUCAUCUUCAGGCCAUGAAACGACUGCGACUGGAUUCAAACUCAUUAAACUGUGACUGUGAGCUGCUGUGGCUGGCCGACCUGCUGAAGCAGUACGCUGAGUCGGGGAACGCCCAGGCUGCUGCCACCUGCGACUACCCGAGCCGCCUGCAGGGACGAUCUGUAGCCACGCUCACCGCUGAGGAGCUCAACUGUGAGGUACCCAGGAUCACCUCAGAGCCCCAGGAUGUGGAUGUUACAUCAGGAAACACUGUCUACUUCACCUGCAGGGCUGAAGGCAAUCCUAAACCACAGAUCAUCUGGCUCAGGAACAACAAUGCUUUAAACAUGCGAGAUGACAGUCGUCUGAACCUGCUGGAGGACGGGACUCUAAUGAUCCAGGACACCAGGGAGACGGAUCAGGGUGUCUACCAGUGCAUGGCCAAAAAUGUGGCAGGGGAGGUCAAGACUUCACAGGUUACUCUGCGAUAUUUUGGAGCCCCCUCACGGCCCAGUUUUGUGAUCCAGCCCCAGAACACAGAGGUGCUGGUGGGAGAGAGUGUGACCCUUGAAUGCAGCGCCACAGGCCAACCCCAGCCCCGGGUCUCCUGGACCAAAGGCGAUCGAACCCCCCUGCCAAACGACGCUCGCAUCAACAUCACGCCCUCCGGAGGGCUUUACAUCCAGAACGUGGUCCAGGCCGACGGAGGACAGUACACCUGCUUUGCCUCCAAUAAUGUUGACACCAUACAUGCUACUGCUUUUAUUAUUGUACAAGCGAUCCCUCAGCUCACAGUGACACCUCAGGACCAGUCAGUCCUGGAGGGCCACACCGUGGACUUCCCGUGUGAGGCGACUGGUUACCCCCAGCCUGUGAUUGCCUGGACACGCGGAGGCAGUCCUUUACCCCUCGACCGCCGCCACGUAGUCCUGUCUUCUGGCACUCUCCGCAUCACCCGGGUGGCCGCCCACGAUGAGGGCCAGUACGAGUGCCAGGCGGUCAGCCCUGUAGGGACUGUGCAAGCCGCUGUGCAGCUCAGCAUCCAGCAGAGAGUAACGCCUGUUUUCACAAAUGCUCCAAGGGACCUGACGGUGGAGUCUGGCCAGGACGCCCAGAUUCCCUGCAGCGCUCAGGGCCAGCCACAGCCCGUCCUCACCUGGAACAAGGAUGGUGUUCAGGUGACAGAGAGCGGGAAGUUCCACAUCAGCCCCGAGGGUUAUCUGGAGGUGAAGGAUGUGGGCACGGCUGAUGCUGGUCGCUACGAGUGCAUUGCCCGCAAUCCCAUCGGCUACCAGGUUGCUAGCAUGGUGCUAACGGUCACAGUUCCUGCAGUCAGCAGAGAGGGGGACACGUUUGUGAGCACGUCCAUAGAGCAGGCCAUCCGUAAUGUGGACAGUGCUAUCGAGUCAACGAGGAGACGACUCUUCGAUGGUCAGCCUCGUACCCCCGGGGAGCUGCUCGCUCUUUUCCGGUAUCCUCGAGAUCCCUACACAGUGGAGCAGGCGCGAGCCGGGGAGAUCUUUGAACAGACUCUUCUGCUCAUCCAGAACCACGUCAACCAGGGUCUGAUGGUCGACACCAACGGGACAGCAUUUCGCUACAAUGACCUGGUGUCCCCUCACUUCCUGGAAGUGAUCGCCAACCUGUCCGGCUGCACAGCGCACCGCCGCUUCAACAACUGUUCAGACAUCUGCUUCCACCAGAAGUACCGGAGCCACGACGGGACCUGCAACAACCUGCAGCACCCGAUGUGGGGCGCCUCGCUCACCGCCUUCGAGCGGCUCUUGAAGUCGGUCUACGACAACGGCUUUAACCUGCCGAGAGGAGCCACUGAUCAGCUGCACAACGGGUACAGGCUCCCUCUGCCCAGGCUAGUGUCGACCACCAUGAUCGGCACGGAGACCAUCACCCCUGACGACCGUUACACUCACAUGCUGAUGCAGUGGGGUCAGUUCCUCGAUCAUGACUUGGACUCCACAGUGGCAGCCCUCAGCCAGUCACGCUUCUCUGACGGCCAGCUGUGCACUCAGGUCUGCACCAACGACCCGCCGUGCUUUCCAAUCCAGUUCCCACCCAACGACCCCCGGCAGCUGCGAAGUGGCGCCCGCUGCAUGUUCUUUGUCCGAUCGAGCCCCGUGUGCGGCAGCGGGAUGACUUCUCUUCUCAUGAACAGUGUGUAUCCAAGAGAGCAAAUCAACCAGCUGACCUCUUACAUCGACGGCUCAAACGUGUACGGCAGCUCGCGGCACGAGUCUGAGGAAGUCCGCGACUUGGCCAGCCAGAGGGGUCUGCUGCGGCAAGGCAUCAUCCAACGGACAGGGAAGCCUCUCCUGCCAUUUGCCACCGGACCGCCCACUGAGUGCAUGAGAGAUGAAAAUGAGAGUCCCAUCCCGUGUUUCUUAGCUGGAGAUCACCGCGCCAACGAGCAGCUUGGCCUCACCGCCAUGCACACGGUGUGGUUCAGGGAACACAACCGCGUAGCCACAGAGCUGCUGAGGCUGAACCCGCACUGGGACGGUGACACCAUCUACCACGAGGCCAGGAAGAUAGUGGGGGCUCAGAUGCAGCACAUCACCUACAGCCACUGGUUGCCAAAGAUCUUGGGUGAAGCAGGCGUGAAGAUAAUGGGGACUUACACGGGUUACAACCCCAAUAUCAACGCCGGCAUCCUCAGCGCUUUUGCUACUGCGGCGUUCCGCUUUGGACACACCCUCAUCAACCCCAUACUGUACCGGCUGGACGAGGACUUCCAGCCCAUCCCUCAGGGACACAUCUCCCUGCAUCGCGCCUUCUUCUCGCCGUUCCGCAUCGUAAACGAGGGCGGCAUCGACCCGCUCCUUCGCGGGCUCUUCGGCGUUGCGGGUAAAAUGCGCGUCACCACGCAGCUGCUGAACACGGAGCUGACGGAGAGGCUGUUCUCGAUGGCCCACGCUGUCGCUCUGGACCUGGCCGCCAUGAAUAUCCAGAGAGGGAGGGAUCACGGCAUACCACCGUAUAACGAUUACAGGACCUUCUGUAAUCUGUCUUCAGCUCACACCUUUGAAGACCUGAGGAAUGAAAUCAAGAAUCCUGACGUCAGAGAGAAACUGCAGAGGUUGUAUGGAACUCCUCUGAACAUCGACCUGUUCCCUGCACUGAUGGCUGAAGACCUGGUGCCUGGCAGUAGACUGGGGCCGACUCUCAUGUGUUUGCUGGCAGCUCAGUUCAGACGUCUGAGGGAUGGAGACAGGUUCUGGUAUGAAAACCCCGGUGUGUUCACUCCUGCCCAGCUGACCCAGUUGAAGCAGGCCUCCCUGACGCGGGUUCUGUGCGACAACGGCGACAACAUCACUCGCGUCCAGCACGAUGUGUUCAGUGUGGCCAAGCUGCCUCACGGUUACGGCAGCUGUGACGACGUCCCUCAGAUCGACCUGCGGAUGUGGCAGGACUGCUGUGAAGACUGCAGAACUAAGGGUCAAUUCAACGCCCUGUCGUACCACUUUAGAGGACGCAGGUCAGCGGAGCACAGCUACAAAGAGGAGGGACCAGGCAGCAUCCAGGAGACCGGCCCUGCGGAGGAAGCUGCGAAGAGUCCUGAAAAUGUCACUGUGACCUCCAGGAAAAGCACUGAACCCUCAAACAGCGACUUCCAGGACUUUGUCUCCGACAUGCAGAAGACCAUCACUAGUUUACGAAAGCAGAUUAAAAGACUUGAGGCCCGUCUGAGUAAGACUGACUGCACUGACAGCGAGGGACGUGAGCGCAAAGAUGGAGAGCUGUGGAAGAAAGACUCCUGCACCUCAUGUGAAUGCAGAGAGUCUCAGGUGACAUGCUUCAAGGAGUAUUGUCCACCGGUGAAGUGUGUAAAGCCCGUCAUGCUCAAAGGUUCCUGCUGCCCGAUGUGCCUCCCACAUCAAGAUGUUGCAACGCAGCAAAAAACAGAAACCCACCAUGAAUAACCCUCAGGACUCCCAGAACAAACACACUUUUGUGGACAUCCAGAGAAGGAUGAGACUCAUGAAGGUGUGCUCAUCCACAGCCACCAGCAGCCUCCACAGACCCAACAGCCUCACUUUUUUGUUUUGUUUUGUUUUUGUAUUUUUUCCUGCUUUGAUCAGGGGAGGGUGGGAGAUCUUAUUAUUCUCAUUGGAUCGUUGCCCACCUGGGCAAACAGCCUGAGGCAUGGUUGGAUUGUCAACCAGCCACCAAUCACUAAAUGGAUUUAUAUCUGAACCAUGGGGAUGGACUGACGAGUGAAUAGGCGGACUUUAAAACAAGAGGAACAAAACCUCUCCUUGCUUGGAGUCAACCGAGGCUCCCGAAGUAAAACAGCCACCUGGUUUGCUCUCCUGCGAAUAACUCUUGGUGACAGAACGCGGGGCCGCGCGCCGCCGUAAACAAGCAGGAAAGGGAAGAAUACUGAAAAGGCAGCAGCCAUUUGUUGUCUCACAAAAUUUCUCAGGUUAGAGAUGCCGAAAACUGGUGCUAUUUUUUCCCCUUUUUAUUAUGAAUUAAUCACUAAAUACAAACCUUCAAAGUAUUGUCUUUUGUAUGCCAAGCAACCUAUAUACACUCAGUAUAUGCCUUUUUAUGAUAAAUCACAACUGAGAGGAGGGUUUCCUUUAAAAAAAAAAAAAAAAAAAAGACUUUUUAUUAAUAGAUGUACUUCAUCUUUUAAUCCAAGGUGCUUGAUGUCAUGUUAUGAAUAUGUAUUUCUUUGUUUCUUUCCUCCCUUUUUGUAUACAAAUGCUUACAUAUGAAGAUAAUGUGAAGCCCUACAAAAAAAUGUUUGUGAUGCAAAAAGAGAUGUCUACUGAUUCCUGCUCCUCUCUCCGCGGACGACUUGUUAAGUCAACUCGUGCCUCGUCUCGGCCGGCCGUGUCCUGAACUUGAGUGAGGUGGAGCCGUUGCAGCGCUCCCCCAUUGCAGGACUCAAACCCGGCUCUUGCACUGUUUGUGCUCCUUUUUCAAGUUUCAUUUUGCUUUCAGAAAGCAGUGAAAGAUUAACCCUUUUUUUUUUUUUUUACCACUGUAAUGUUGUCCCAGUAUUUUCCUCAGUCUCGUAAAGCCAAAAGUAUGAUUUAGUUACUUAAAAAAAAAAACAUAAUAGCACGUGUCUAUCUAUGAAACUAUGUAUGAAUGUUGUAUUGAGGCCAGGAUUUUUGCCUUUGGUACUGCUAGCUCUACCACAACAGUAUUCUCCUUCUGGCCCGCUCACAGAUUCUUGUUUUUAUUCAUGUUUAGUCUUUAUUAUACAGGAUGCACACAACUGAAGGACUGUUACCGUAACUCUCUUCUCCUGCAGCUCUCUCGCUUCACUGUAGACGAGGACGUGCUUGCAUGCAUUCCUUUGUCGAGGAUCCACUUUUAGUUUUCACCUCUUCCCUCUUUAAGUCUAUGUGUGUACAGAGUUUGGACAUUUCCAAACAGUUUAGGAAUGCACUCCCUGCUCAUGUUAAAGAUUUUUUUGAGAGCGGGGAUGACGUCUUGAAGCGGAGCAUGUGUGCAGAGCUCUGACCCUCAUUCCACUGUAAUGGAAGCCAUAUGAGAGGGGGAGCGAGGGUAAGGCAGGGGGAGGGGUUUCUGAUGAUCGGGAUACAGUGUCAAUCAACGCAAGAGCUCCACCAUCUUGCUGUCGUGAGGCAGAUUUACUCCCCUGAUUCAUGUGUCUCUGCACAGACAAAUGCCACUCAUUACACCCCGUGCACUGGCCCGCUUCAGUGUUACAUGAGUCACAUUUAUGUUUCCUGUUUUGCUUUGCUUCUAAUUACAGUCGAAGCAGCUGCAGAGCUCCUUUCCAUUGUUUUCUUUAUGUGGUAACGUCCUGAGCGAGCAUCUGUCACUAAACAGAAAUAAGACUCUCCGGAAAGUUCUGUUCAGAUUCCAGAUGGAUCACGGAGCUGGCAGUCGCACUGGUAAAUUGGUUUCAUAUCAUGUGUUUAAAUGUUCGGGACAGGUUCUACAUCAACCAGUGUUUACUUCCUGAUUGUAAGUUCUUCAACAACACAUGUAUGUACACUUCCUACUCACUUCCUACUAUGUGUGUCUGCUUUACUGAUUUUGAUAUAUUUCCAUAAACUUUUGAGUAUGAAUGAGCGUGUGUAAAGGCUUAAGUGUACUUUGGCAAAUGUCCCCACAUUUGGCUGUCAAAGCACUGUGAGCAUAUUCAUAUAUUGGUUUUAUUAGUUCCUUGUUCUUUUUUAAUUUUUGUAAUAGUUCCCUUUUUUUUAUUCCCACCUAAAAGUGUCAAUGGAAUGCACUGCUCUGCAAGACUGAACAUGUUUUACCUACACUGUUCCCUUCACCAGUGGUCAACGUGGAUAUUAAAGUACCUAUCAUGACAUUUGUAUUGUAUGUUUGCCAAAGAAUGGUUUGCACUGUAAUGUAUGCAUCUCGACAGUCAAAAUAAAUCAAUAAGCCACCGUUGAA